ACGAAAAAGCCUGAAUGCACAAAACGCACCGUCGUCCCCCAAUACGUAUAGACUUUUUUUCAUCACUAUGGCCCAGAUCUAUAAGAUCUCCUCCACAAAGAAGCUGUUGCAGAUGGAGAAAGAGCUUUCAGUUCAGCUCUUUUUACUCAAGACAGAGAUAGAGGAGAACGGGAUUCUGGGGGGGACACCUUUUUACAGCUCUGUUUCCAUCCCAAAGGACAUUUCCUACUUUCGUCUGGAGAGAGAACAGGUGCUGAAAAAAGGUCUGCAGGUGCCUAGGGCUCGGCAUCUCAUUUCCCAGGCGGUGGUGAUGCAGAGGGAGCUAGAGAGCUGCCUGAACCGAGAAUACACACCCGAGAGCCUACCAUUACUCCUACACCAGUUCUAUGCAGACAGAUGCUACUAUCUGGCACUGUGCAAAUAUCUACACAUGCUGAGAUGGAGGAGGUUUUGCAGACAUGCCAGCGUUAUUGAGAUGUUGUAUCCCUCAUACAAGAGACAACUGGCCAACUUGAUGAGUGAGUAUGAGGACUCAACCCAGAGGGCACAGAGACUGGCACCGUCCAGGGAAAAGGUGCUUUUGGGCAAGGGCAGUCCCAUCAACAUGGUCACAUUGGAAGAUUUAGCUAUCUACUUGCAGUGGCUGGUGUGUAAUCUUCACUCAGUCAAGACUGUCCACGGCUUUCUGCGGGAGCUGCAGUAUCUGCCAGCAGGUGAGUGGGAACAUCAGGACUCCCCGGGGAGUCCCUUGGCUGGUGGGACACCGGUUCGAAAGGAUUCCGCCUCCGCUGUGCCCCAGGUGUCUGGCACACGUCCAUCUCUCUCCUGCGAGCGUGAUGGGGUCUCAGAGCUGCCCAGAUUCAUGGCGAAGCUGGAGAACUUUAGUUCCCAGCUGCAAGAGCUCAUCUCUCAUUUCAACAUAAAGUAUAACAUUGCGGAUAUGAGGACUGGUGCAGACGAAAUGGAGUUAUUUGACAUGGUACGUAAUGAAUUCAAGACUGUCUUUGGGAAGCAGGAGGCGAUGUGGACCUUUGUCAGGUACGGCAGCACUGAAGCAUUGGAGAAGCAGUGGGGUAGGAUGGACCCCAAUAUGACUCUGAAGAAAAAGGCCACCUGGAUCCCCUUUAUCAAGGUUACUCCUAGACUUGAUCCCUGGCAGCAGAAACUAAUGACUAAACUUCGACAGCAGUGCCAUAAGGAUGAGCUGCUGGACAUGCUCAAUAAGCUCUUAAAGGCAUCAGAUUCCCUGCUGGUAGCAGAGACCCUAAAGGACUACGCAGCUUCUUCGUAUGACCUUGCCCCAGACCAGCCAUCGCCAAUGACUUCAUGCCGCACCAGCCGAAGUUCUACCCACAUCUGGGCAAUGAUAUACCGUAGUACACGUGCCCUUCAGGAAUCGAACCAGCGGGACAGUGAUUCAUUCGAAAAUGGUGACUGCAGGGAAAAGACGGUAGACGGUGCCAAGCGAUCGACCGCGUUAACGAACCCAGGUGUGGACAGCAUGCAGCUUUUGAGUCUAGCUGAAGGACAGUUGAAGUGCAGGAAAGAUCCAGUUUUUUCUAGGGGAGCCUUCUUAUCCUUCCUCUACCUGCGAUAUCUAAAGGUUAGGGAGCUGCAGCGCUCCUGCUUGGGAAUGCUGAACUACCUUCGAUCCGUGGAAAGGACGCUCGCUUAUGACGCAGUAGUCCUCAGAGAGGAGCCUGGAAAACAGAGCAGCAAUGUUGAGAUGUCCAGCCUCAUGAGUGCCUCUAGAGGUGGGAGUGGCCUUGCGGGGGCGCUGGGUUCUCACCACUACCUCUACAGCACCCCUGCGGACUACACGGUCCAUUGCGCUGAAGUCAUGGACCUUCCUGACGUGGAGAACCUGCAUGAUUUUUAUAGCUCUGAGGAGGAGAUGCUCCAUACCCAGGACCAUUGUGGACUGUAUAUUGUCUAUGACGUGGCUUUGAAUGAUCUGAGACAGCUGGAGAAUACUGUGCUUCAGGUGGCCUCACACUAUAUCCAGAACAGAGCAAAUUCUUCAGCCCUGCAGUCGUGUGACCUCCUGUCUUGGGCCCAGGCAGAUGUGGAUCGGCUGGCAGUUCUGCUGGACCUGUGGAAGUGUGAAGCUGACUUCCUUAGGAGCAAGAUUCACCUCAUGGACUGCUACUUUGAGGCCUACCAGCAUGUGGUAGAUCCAGAAGAAAGGGUCAAGUUGGCUCAGGUCAUCACAGACAUCAUGCACAGAAGGCCGCAGAUGGAUCUGGAUGAUGGGUAUUUUGUUAAGACAUACAGGGCCGAGCUGGCUUGCCUACGGAGCCAUCAGAAACUCAUCAAAGCGGUUCUCGACUGCCAGAUAGAUGAGUGUCGCCAGUAUCUUCAGCGGAUAUGGAGGGAUGGGGAGAAGGGGACGUGGUAUGAGCACGGCCUGCCUCUGAACUACAUCCCUAAGCAACUGGUCUCCAUCAGCAACAGCCGCUCUGCCUUAAAGAGCAUCUUCCUGCUGGAGUUUCACCCCUCCCUCUGCCUGGCGACCCACGUGUACCAGACCCUGAGGCAGCUCUGCACGGACUUCAGCCAGUUAGACAGGACCCCGGGCGUCCACCAGAAGCUGGCUCUGGAGUUGCAGGUGCUGCGGCGGGCACUGCAGAGAUGGGACGCCCGUCUCCCACCGGGUGCUGCGUAUAACCCUCAGAUCCAACGAGAUUUGUUUUCAGGUGUGUUUUUUGAGGACCCGUUCUUCGUAAGAGAUGUGGGGCUGUCGGUGGUGGAGUCUGCGGGUAGAGAGGAAGAGACCGGCAAGGAGAGGCAGCUCUUCGUCGUGGAGACCUUCGGCAAACUGCUGGAGCUCGUUACCCUCAGGCAUCGGCUGAUCGAGUCUGCCACUGAGACCGCCAGUCUGUCACAGUUAUACGAGAGGUUUGCUCUCCUAAUGGGCUUCGGGAAGUUCCAUCUGUACAUGCGGCCCGUGCCGUUUGAGACAGCGGUCCUCAGGGAGAAGCCGGAGAAAGUGCCCGAAUGCAUAACAGCCCUCCCGCGGGAUGACAGCAGUGUCGACAGAUAUAUUCCAUCCAGCCUGGUUCUGGCAGUCCAGGAAGUUGACGAGAAUCACAUUGGGAAAUUCAGCUUCUACACAGAAGAAGCAGUGGUCCAUCUCAUGAGCACUUCUGGGAUAGAGAACCUGCAGGUGGCCCUGGCCUGUCAGGUGACUCAGAAGAAUGCCCUGAUUGGUGCAGUGAAGCAGGCUUGCCUUUGUGAUUGGGUGCAAAGGACUGUGGGAGCAAGAGAGAGGGAGGAUACCCCCACUACAGAAGUGGAAACUUCCGGAAGGGGAGAGGCAGAAGUGGGCCUAGAAUCCAGAAGCCAGCAUAAGACCAGACAAGAUUUAGGUACCAUGCAGAGACUCGCUGGAUCAUUUGUAUCAAUCCAGUUAGAGAAAACAGUCCUCCGAGACAAGAUGCUCGAUGCCUUUCUGAGGAAUAAGGAGGUCAUGGGAUCUGUUAUGAGAAACCUUGACGAAGUGGCAAAGCUCAAACGGAGACUAAUUCUGGAAUUCUGUCAGAGGUUCGGUAUGCGGGUGUCUCAGAGCUGCGUGAGGGGACAGAUUGUGGGCCUCUACCACAGUCUGAACGCAAUACUCAUUGACCUUCCGACCAUCCGUCAGUCUUACUUUACUGUGGGACGAGGAAAUGAGGGGAAGAGCGACCAGGAUUCAGAGCAUGGGGUUCAGGCUGAUGUCAGACACGUACUCUCUGAAGACGGAAAGAAGCUUCUCAACCUGUGGUACAUCCCCGACUUCUCCGAGGCCUUGACUAUGUUUAAAUCCAUGGAUGAUGUGUUUGCCACCAAGGCUCUCCAACUCAACCUGGACAUGGUGUCAGCGCUUCAUGACAUUGUCUCCUACCUGGUCGGCUUCGCGCACCUGGGCAAUCUCUCCGUGGGGGUCUCUGGCGGGAGGAGACAUGCACCGCUAGCUGCUGACUGGGGGGGUACCGAGGGCAUCGGGGCGGAGCUGGCUGACCUCCAGGGGCGGAUCGCCGCGCUCCCUGACCCCUGCUGCCCACAGGCCGUAGCCCGGCUGCUCUGCCUCCGUCGUGAGCUCCUCUUCCUGCAGUUCGACAUGGCUGUCCGCCACUGCAUCAGGGAGGCUCUCCUUUCCUCUGGGAACUGUGCGGACUGUCAGACAGUCACAGACAACAUGGGCCACGCCCUUUCCGUGCUAAGCGACAGCGUGAGCGUCAGCACGUGCGGCUUGCAGCUGUGUGUACCCCGGGCUCUGGAGCCGCGCUGCAUGCAGACUGAAAGACUGUACCCCUGGAGGGGCUUCAUUGGACGACACGGCCUGUUCCCAGUGACCAUCUGUGACAUCAGUCCCAUUGAGCAGUGCAUGCAGCUGUGCCUGAGCGGUCUGAGUGACCGCGGCCGGACCGCGGCCAAUGGCGAGAUGCUGGCCGUGUCCCUUCUGCUAGAGGACGUGCUUAGCAGCGGACAAGCAGUCACUCCAUUUUGCAUGGAAAGCGACUCGGAGGAUCGCCCUCAUAGUGAGGACACCGAGGGCUGCGCUGACCAGGAGGCUGACACGGGAACGAGGUCCAUGGGCACCCCCUCGGGCCCCCGGCGGGACCCUCUGCACGAUUACACAACCAGGAAGGCCUUUCUACUGCUUUGGAAGCAGCUGGAGGGCUUCAAAGAGGACUGGGGUCGACGCCAGCUGAGCGUGGAGCAAAUCAACACCACCAGCCUGUACAGGAAAUACUCCAGCCUCUAUAGAGAGGAAAUUCUGUACCCCAGCAUGAGGACCCUGGUCCGGCAGCUGGGCAGCGAGGAGGAGUUUGGGAGCGUGUGGGCGGAGGGCCAGCCUGUCCCGCUCCCCACUGGAGCCUCCGAAGUGGACAUCAAAACGCAGCAGCUUGGCAGGUUGCUGGAGUGCGCGGAGUGCGACCUGAUUGCUGCGGCACAGAGCAGAAUUCGCAGGGAGCUGACCCUGGUCAUAUCCGAGCGAGCGCACCUCAGCGGGGGGCUUCCUACUGAAUUAUGGAAAAGACCUUCUAUGAAGCAGUGUUUCUCUCCUGAACGGCCACAGAUAGUGGAAAACUUCAUGCAGCAGCUCAUGGACGGCUGUGAGGAGACUGAGGGGAAGCUCACGCUAGCCAAGAGCCAUCUGCAAGAGUGCCUCACGGCUCUGGGGUGUGCCGUCAUGGGACGGGAACGCAGUAAUUUCCAGGCCUACUCCCUGUUCUAUGAAAACCUGCUGCAGCACGUGACCCAGAUGCUGUUCCAGAGAGAACAGGAUUUAAAAGUGUUUGAGGAUCUGCAGAAACAUCAGAAGACUUCUGAGCAGGCCCUCCCUUUGUCCCGGUUUGCUGAGCUCACACGCAGGACAAUGCUAGAGAUGACAGCGCUGCGAGCGCGGCUGGCCAGGGCAGAACAAAACAGCGGGGGGCUGCAGGAGCGGCUAAACUCUCAGGACCGCCAGCGCUACGACGCACUGGUCCAACAUCUCAUCUCCUGCUGUUGUCAGUUAAAGUCAAGGUUGGAUGAGUGUCACGUGAGGAUGGAUCGAGAUAUGACUCAGCUGGUCACCAGAGUCCGGAGGGAAGGUGUGGAGAGCAUCAACAAGCUGAAAAGGAAGCCAGGCACCACAGAGGAUGAUGGGGCUUUGCAGACUACGUUGAAAGGGCAUGAAGAACAGCAGGACCUGUGGGAAGAAAAUGGCCACCUGGCAGGCCUGCUCUGCAAGCUGAAGACCCUGCACCGGUGGAGACAGGUGGCCAUACAGGGAAAGCUGCAGCGGCAGUUACACCAGUUCCAGCAGGACGCACUGCUGUAUCAGCGGGAAGGCCAGCAGGUGAAGAUGAUGGCCGAAGAGGAAGUGGCCCUGCUCAAACAGGAAGUGGAGUCGGUGAGGGCGGCCCUGGAGCAGGACCGCGAGGCGCACGACGACGCCACAGAGCAGCUGCACUCUCUGAGGCAGCGAUUACAGGCCGCAGAGCAACAGCUGGCCCAGCAGGCACUGGGCCAGCGGCGCCUGGAGGGGGCACGCCUGCUGAGCCUGGAGCGGCUGCAGCGGGACGUGGGCGACAGGCAGCAACAGCUGGAAGAGCUGGACGCACAGCUGCAGAGGAGCAGCCGGGCCAAGCAGUGGCAGCAGCUGCGCAGCCAGAAGGAGAUCAGACAGGUCAGGGCCCAGCUGCUACAAGAGCGACGGCUGAAACUCGACGCCUUCCGCCGGGUGCAGGGGCUCCGGAACCAGCUCUCCGACACCGAGGCAGCUGAGCACAGAGGCGGCCCCCAUUCAGGACAGAACAGGACUCCUUUCUCCAGAAUGACUCUCAGCACCCAAUCCACUUCAGCAGGGUCGGUGGAGCGCCUCAAACCAGCCACCCGCCCGACAUCUCACUCCGUCCGGCGUGGUGCCCAAGGCCGAGUCGACGUCGACCCUGGAUCAAACAGCCUCAGUGUCCUUCUGCAGAGACCGAAAACUGGUCCCAGUCGCUUACGGACACAGCCCCCAGUGGACCCACCCCCACGCAUUGGCUCUUCUAAACUCCUCUCUCAGCUCAAGCUAAAUAAGGGCUGUGGGAACAGAUGGUGAGACCCGAUCUGUUCCCAAUGCCCACAACACGAGCUGCGUGAGGAAAAAGCAAGCACCCUCCGCACAGCAACAGAGUCCCAUCGAUCCUUGGCUCAAACUCAACACAGUCAAUGUUCAGCUGUAUGUUACAGCUACUUCUAAAAUGCCUGACUGUCACCUGCAGAUCACAACCCACAGCCUAAGGAGCAGCAAACUCAUUAAAACCAUCCAUUGUCUCUAUUUAAUGAAAUCAUACGGAGGAAUGCUCAGAAUGUCUGGUAUAUAAAUCUUAACAAAAGCUUAUCCUCAGAUUAACUGGGACAAGCACACCGUCACAAAUCAAAUAAAUCAAACAGUACAGAAUUUAGUUCAUCUUUUAUCUGAUUUACAGACAUCAAAAAUGUACAGGUUAACUUUCACAAAGACUCGAAAGCAUCUCCAUCUUCCUUAGGUGAGGGGCAGGGGAUGCUCGUCUACAGAGGGCACGGCGUCCAUCAGGAAUGGAUGGAAAACCGGGGCACCAGGUGAAUUCACAUCCACGACUAAAAGCUUUGCUAAAAUUAGUGACGGCUGAGGUAGAGAGAAGAUGACACGUCUGGUGGCCACUAAUGGAUGGACUUCCUCACCAACCUUAGGCAUGCUUAGUCAAUCUCCUAUGCAUUUUUUUUUAUUGAAGACUACUCUGUGUUCAAAUGGGGAUAGUUAUCAAGAAGUACAAAACUCUACAAAAAUACAUCGAAAAGGUCUUCAUAGAAACAAGGACUCAUUUUGCGAAAGGGCGACAGCUCAGGUAUUUUGGUGAGUCACUAGAGAGCACCGAAGAGCUUCUUUCAGUUCUGCGGGGCCAGGCUGGUAGUGUAGAGGUAGGACACAGUACCUGCCUGUAUCUGGAACGUCUGCCCCUGGAUCUGGUGACUGGGGAUCUGCUCCGUGGUCUGGCUGAUGGAGAUGGGCUGGGUGCUCUGGCCGCUGAUGUGGAUGGCCUGAGCCUGCUGCUCCCGGCCGAUGGCCACGGACUGGGCCAGGGCCUCGGGGGCCACGGGCAACUGUGGGAGGGGCUGCUGCUGCAUCACGUGCAGGUGCUGCACGGGCCGCGGUGGCACAGGCAGCGGCUGGGGCGGCCCGUGAUGAGCCUGCAGAUGCUCCAUGGCCUCCCGGGUCAGGGUGAUGACCUGCAUCUGCUCGGGCUGGCCCUCCAGAACUCCGAUGGCCUGGAUCUGCUGGGCCGGCUCCCCAGAAGCGACCAGAGCUAGGUUCGGCACCUGCUGAGGGGGCUGCCCCAGCAGGGCCCCCAUGCCCUCAGAGGCCUCACUCGUGAUGAUGCUGAUGUCCUGCUCCUGCCCAGACACGAAGUUGAUGUUGUCCACCUCGCUGGUGACCACCAGCUGGAUCUCCUGCUCCCCCGAAGCAGGCAGCUGAUACUGCUGGAGCUGCAGGAUGCUACGGACCUCCUCGGCCCCGGCACCGACCACCUCGGUGGCCGCAGGUUCGGGGGCCUCUACCGGCUUCUCCUUGUUGUGGGUCUUGGUGUGGACCUUGAGGUUGUCCAAGCGGGCGUAGGACAGGCUGCAGAAAGGGCAUGUGAAGGGCUUCUUUCCCGUGUGGGAAGCCACAUGUCGCCUUCUUGCACUAGGAUCUGAGAAAGACUUAUUACAGAUGCUGCACACGUAAGGUUUUUCCCCCCUGUGGAGAGAGAGAGCAGAAGGGGAGGGGUCCGCAAGUUAAAUAUACUCCUCUUUCAUUAAGCGAACGAUGAAUUGCAGCUUCAACGGUUAAAGUCCAGAAGAUGCAUACAGGGAGUCCUCGGGUUACGACAGUUACGUUCCUACCACAGUGACGUAACCUGAAUUUUGGUGCAAGUCGAAACACACCUUUUCUGAUCUUUUUAAAGUGUCUAAUUUCACUUCCAUCGUGACGGCUUUCCUCACUCAUACGCUGUGUUACUGUGGAUUCUUCCACCAUGCGCAACCAAACGAGUUUACCCACGUAGUCUGUAAGUAUCAUGUUAAUGAUGUAAGCGAAACACACACUUCUCAUUUUUUUUUUUACGUUUUUAUGGGAGUGUCAUAAAUUCGAAAUGUCGUAUGUCGAGACCACAUAACCCGAGGAUCCCCUGUACGUCACGUGACAUUGUUUCGGGAAGCUGGUUGGAUGUUAAUUUCUGCUCAAGGACCACUCACCUGUGGAUCCUGAUGUGGGUCUGCAGGGAGCUCUUGGCUGUGAAGCACUUCCCACAAAUCUCACAGGUGAAAGGCUUCUCCCCUGACAAAAAACAAGGGCACAGGACGACGCUGAGCUCAAGGAACCAGAAACACAAAGCACUGCUUCAAAAGACUAAACAUAAAUCACCGUCUUGCCGACAUAAAAAGGAGAAGCCAGUUUAUACUGUAUUCCCACAGCACUGAAAAGGCACAUCUUACCAGUGUGUGUCCUCAAAUGUUUCUUAAGUUGAGCCGCAUCCAUGAAUUUAUGAUGGCAGUGCACACACUCUGGUAAAGGUUUACCUGCAAAACCAAAACCAAAACAAAAGAGUUUACAUCACACAAGACAACACCUGCCAUCUCCAUGGGAACGCUGAUGUGAAGUCUGAUGGACCCCAACCUGUGUGCACCCUGUAGUGACUCUUCAGCUGCCUCCUCUGACUGUACGUCUUCCCACACUGAUCGCAGCUGAAUGAUUUCUGCUCUGCAAAAUCGCAGAGCAUUCAGUCACAUGGGGGUCACAGGGCAUCGCACGCCCUGAACACACCAAACAGGCCGUUUCUUAUAUUAACUAAAAAUUCUGCUGAAGACCUAAACGCAUUCUGUUCGUGGCAUCCUGCAUCCUUCAACUUCAUAUCCUGAGACCCAUAGCAAACUUUUAACCACACGGAUUCUUCUGGAAGAAAGCCAAACGAAGCAUACGGCACCUGUGUGCAGGUUCAUGUGCUCCAGCAGGGAGUGUUUGGUGGACAGGGCCUUGGAGCACACGGUGCAGAUGAAGGGCUUCUCCCCCGUGUGCAUGCGCUGAUGGACCAGCAGCGUGUGCUUCUGCGUGAAUCCCUUUGUGCACACAAAACAUCGGAAGGGCUUUUCGCCUGUAUUUUCAGAAUAAAUAUUGGGUAAAAACACUGUUACGACUAUCACAAGUCGAGUGGUGCACUGUAGGAGAGACACAUCUGGUUUGCAAUAACCUGACUGCACAAACAUAAGCGAACACUCGGGCUCUUCAUGAGAGAAGCAGCUUACCUGUGUGAGUCCUCUGAUGUAUCUUUAAAAAGAGGUGGUUCUUGAAGACCUUCCCACAGUCCUCGCAGCGGGCCUCUGUGUUGGGGUAUUUCCGCCUUCUCCCUCUUCUUCCGGGCUCUCCAGACUCUGACGAGUCGUCUCCAAUGCGAUACCCUCUUAACUUGGUUGGUGGCUUAAUUUUGCGUUUGCUGUAUCGGCUGCGUCCCGCCCUGGGGUCAUAGUCGGCGUCUGUGUCUUGAGGAAACUCCAUGCUGGCUCCCCGCUCCGCCACGUCCCCCUCGGCCUUCGCCUCUCCAUUGUCCUUAGAGCCGAGAGCAGCCGGAUCAGUCCCGUCGCCCUUUGGAAUGGCUUGUGCUCCGGUGUUUAACUCAGGUGCUGGUGUCCCUGGCAUCUCCGGAACGAUCACGUUUUUUCUUGGACGACCCCUCUUGCGUUUGGGCUUUUCUGAGCCCGCUCCGGGGUCACCGGUAGGCUUUGGAGAAUCGCAGGCUGGGACGACGCUCUGAGAAUCGGCAUACGCCUUCACCAGGUCACUGACCUCGAGGAGUCGGGCCACAGCCAGGAGCUGCUCGGUCGCGUUCUCCUCCACAGACACACUGGCGCUGUAAAUGAACUCCAGCACGGUGCCGAAGAUCUGCGCGGCCAUACCAUCCAAUUUGUAUAUGGACUGGCCGACGUGGCCCUCGGCAGUGAACAUCAGGGAGAAAUACUCACUGCUUGCAGCCAACAGAGCCUUGUGGGCCUUAAAGUGGACGUCUUCCACGAUCAGCGUUAUGUCACAAAGCAGCUCCUUCUUCCUCAGCUUAUCGAAUUUGUUCAAGAUGGUGUCCUUGUGUGUUUUGGAAUGGAUAGCCAAAUGCGACAUGGAGGGGACGGCCAUCCUGCUAUGCGAAGAUGAUGGAUUCUUAAAUAUGUAUAAUCACCUACAAA